AUGUCCAAAAAUAACGAAGACCUUUCUGACGACUUUGUCGCUUCUCUUCUCUCCAAGGAAGCCAGCGAGAAAAACAUCAAAUACUCAGCACUUGGACUACAAGCAUUCCUCCCGAAAAGAUCUGCGACAAAUGCCCCCAAACCAAAUACGCGUUUCCUCCGCAAUAUUGUUCGCGAAGCGGACAACCAUAAUGCGGCACUACUUGCGAGGGAGGCAGAAGAAUCGAAGGAGCGAUUGCGUCAACUACACUUGAAGGAAAGAGCCAGACGUCGAGGUGAAGUGGAUGGAGUUCCUGUCGAGAAAUCCAGAGCGGCACAGAGACCAGAUAGACAGAUUUACACAGUCGGGGCAAAGCGUAAACUGCUAUCUACAAGAGGCGGCGCGCGGAAUGGUCUAGAUCGAGACAAGGAUGGCGAUAGGAAGAGGCGGCGUUCUAGGAGUAGGGAAGGCAAAGAGGAUGGACGCACUAGAAGGCAUAGGAGUAGGUCCAUGGAUAGAAUAAGUCGCAGCCCGAGUUUUGAGAAGGAAAAAGGGCGGCGUAGACAGGGGAGUAGAUCACGAGAGCGCAGGAGAUCAGGAGAACGCAAACGAGACAGAUCUCGAGAACAUCGAUCUGACGGCCGAAGGGAAAGUCACAGACAUCAUUCCUCUCGCUAUUACGACUCGAAGGACAAGGAGAGUUCCCGUCAUUCCCACCGUUCCCGUUCCCCUUCUCACUCCCGUGAAAGGGAUGGCGACAAGUCCAAGUCCACCUUGAGCUCCCAUAGAUUCGACAAGAAAGACCGCUCCUCAGAAACCUCAAAGUCGCACUCGUCGCGCCCUCGCUCUCCACGCCGUCGUCCUGAGGAAUCUGAUGCUGAUCACGAGCGCCGUCGUAAACGUAGGAAGGAAAUGGAACUGGUCGAAGAGCCAGGCCGUUCCUCUCGCGCCUCUACCGACCCCCUAGAUGAUAUCAUUGGCCCUAAACCUACUCCGGCUACGCGCAUUCGGGGACGAGGCACCUUAUCAGGUGCCUCUGCUAUGGAUGCGCGGUUCAGCGAAAGCUAUGAUCCUUCUCUAGACGUACAGCCAGAUGUUGCUGAUGGAGAUGAUUGGGAUGAUGCUCUCGAGGCAUAUAGGGAUCGCCAGAAGUGGAAGGCCUUGGGGGCGGAGAGGUUGAGAAACGAGGGAUUCGGAGAGGAUUUCAUCAAGGCAUGGGAGAACAACGAUACAAAGAACAAGGCGAAUAUCAAGUGGUCGAAGGAGGGUGUGAGGGAAUGGGAUAGGGGAAAAGUGAUUGAAGAAGGGGAGGUGAAGGUAAAGGCUAUCUGGUCGAAGGAUUAG